AUGGUAAAUCUUCCAAAAACAAGAAGAACACACUGUCCUCAUUGUAAUGCACAUACAGUUCAUAAGGUUUCUUUAUACAAAAAAUCAAAAGAUUCUGAAGUGGUUUCUGGUGCUAGACGAUACAGAUUAAAGCAGAAAACUAUUGGUCAAACCAAACCGAUUCUUAGGAGAAAAGCUAAGCUUACUAAAAAAAUUAUGUUAAAACUAGAAUGUCCUAAAUGUAAGAAAAUACAGCAAAGGGUCUGUAAAAGGGCUAAACAUGUUGUUAUGGGAGGAGAGAAGAAGCGUAAGAAUGAAGCUUUAGAAUAUUAA